AGCAGGAUGGCCCGGCCGCGUGUACACUUGGUCAUCACCGCGGACGAUUUUGGUUACUGCCCGCGGCGCGACGAGGGCAUCGUCGAGGCCUUCCUGGUGGGGGCAGUGACCAGCGUGUCCCUGCUGGUCAACGGUGUGGCCACGGAGAGCGCGGCCGAGCUGGCUCGCAGACACAGCAUCCCCACCGGCCUCCACGCCAACCUCUCCGAGGGCCGCCCCGUGGGCCCGGCCCGCCACGGAGCCUCGUCGCUGCUCGGGCCGGAAGGCUUCUUCCUCGGCAAGAUGGGGUUCCGCAAGGCGCUGGCGGCCGGAGACGUGGCCUUGGCACAGGUGCGGGAGGAGCUGGAGGCCCAGCUGAGCCGCUUCCGGGAGUUGCUGGGCAGGGACCCCACGCACGUGGAUGGGCACCAGCACGUACACGUGCUUCCAGGCGUGUGCCAGGUGUUCGCCGAAGUGCUUCAGGCCUUCGGGGUACGUUUCACCCGGCUGCCACUGGAGCGCGGGGUGGGCGGCUGUGCGUGGCUGGAGGCCCCAGCGCUGUCCUUCGCCUGCGCGGUGGAGCAAGAUGCCCGGGCCGCCAUGGGGCCCUUUACCCGCCACGGCCUGCGGUGGGCCGACGCCUUCGUGGGCCUGAGCACUUGCGGCCGCCACAUGUCCGCGCACCGCGUGGCAGGGGCGCUGGCCCGGGCCCUGGAAAACGUUCCGGCGGGUCGCACCAUGACAGUAGAGCUGAUGGCACACCCUGGCUACCCCAGCGUGCCACCGGCUGGGGGCUGCGGCGAGGGCCCAGACGCCUUCUCCUGCUCCUGGGAGCGGCUGCACGAGCUGCGAGUCCUGAUGGCACCCACGCUGCGUGCCCGUCUCGCCCAGGAUGGCGUGCAGCUCUGUGCCCUAGAUGACCUGGACUCCAAGAGGCUUGGGGAGGGUCCACCCAGCGAGUCCACUCUGGAGACCUCCCUGGACAUCCCCCUACCCUGACGCCCAUGAGCAGUCAUGCACCAACGUCCUUUAGUUAAAAGAAAGCGGGUGUGUGCCAAUUCCCAACCAGGAAUCAGGCCUGGAGUUGCCCCUUGAAACAAUCUAACUAGGCCUGGCGCUGCUCCCCAGGGGCACUCUUCCUGGCUGCAUGCAGGGCCAGCCUGUGACAUCUGGCCCUGGUGUCCCCUUAUGUGACAGUGUAAAUGUUGUAUAGGGGCCUUUGGUAGGGCGCACCACAUGAAUAAAAUACCUUAUGUAUCAUCUAA